GUCUUUUUGUAUACUCAUUUCAGUUUUUCAAGGGGCUACUGCUUUACUGGAAAAUGUGAAAAGAUCUCUUUCGUUGAGCAACGAGACGCCGAUCAUGACAAGGAGCUUGUCGACCAUGUCUUCCACAAUUCUGUCACUUCAAACCCACAGCAAUGCUAUCUGUGGUGUAUCAACGACUGUCGAUGUUUGUCGAUAAACUAUAAGGUCAAGAACGACAUCAAAUACUGCGAGUUGAACGAAGGCAGCCAUUUUACAAACAAGAGCUCUCUGAAAAACAUCCACGGAAGCGUUUACUACGUACUGCGGAGAGAAUACUCCACAGGUACUUAACUUUAUAAAGUUAUAUAGUAUGGGCGCGGGUAGAUGUGGAAUUUUUCUUCGAGUGUUUAACUCGAUAGCUCACGAGCGAGCACAGCGAAAGAAGAGAAUUUACUAAGUUAUUAAACUUUAUUAUGUCAUAAGGUAUUUUUACCAUGAAUGAUUCCAGGUUUUUCUUUAGAUAUUAGCAAUUCAUUUGUUAUAUUUAAAACCGAAGAAGCUUCUGCCUCACGAUAAAUUAUAAAAAUAGGUCCGCACAGCAUACGUGUCAACAGUGCAAAAUGAAAUAAAUGUAUUAUUAGAUAAUUAUAUACUUACAGCUGUGCUGCACUUUAACUCCAUUUGGAAGUUAUAUUGAAUAAAUAUCAAUGGUUGUAUAGGUGUACCAAAGUGAAGUGGUUUCCGAGGAACUUGUUUGAUAAUCUAUUUUAAAUUAAGAUUAUGAGUUCCACGUUUUCUAACCAAAUUGAUCAACAGAAGAGAUUCUCAACUAAUCAGAAGCAAAACUAAAACAAAUUAUGACUACCUAUCCUUGUGGAUGCUGAUGUCUUCCCCGGCCAAAAGUAUUUCAAAACAGAGUAAAUUGAUCGUUUUGAGCCCGAGGUAACAGCUGCAAAAGAUGUUGGGAGAUUUAUAUAAUUGUGCAAAUAUAAAAACUUCAAAAAACAAGAACCUACUAUUUUUCCCAGUCUGUAUUUUAAGGUCCUGUUUUAUUCGGGUCUUGAAAGUCCAUUUCCUUUUCUACAUUUUUAUGAAAAGAGAUGAAUCUUUCGAAUGAUGAAAUACAAAAAUGGAAUCAGAAAACUAACGGAGAAACAUUCAACAAAUAAGGAACUGUUCCUGGCAGGUGCAAGAGCUUCUCACCAGCGAGGAUAACUUGAAUAUCAUUCGCAGGUCAAAAAUAUAAUAGAAUUUAUUUCGUAGAGAAAAUGUACAAAGAAAUUUGUCCCGAAAAUGGAAAAAUCCGUCUUUUCCCGAUUGCGGGGUAAAACAUGUAACUGUUUUAACCAAACGAAAUUUAUCUAAGUAAAGUAGAGACAUAAGAAAAUCAAAGACUAACUGAUCAGUUUUAGCAAAUAUUUGACAAAUAUUUGGGUGAUCUCGCUUGUUUAAAUACUGAAAAAGGGGUAAUUUCAAAGGACUAUUAUGGCAUGGUCGGUAUAUAAAUUAGAGAUUUCGGGAGUAACCGUGAUUACUUGCAAACUUGAGAAAAUAAAAAGCUAGGUGAAAGGAACACUUUUCUGUCAAAGACAAAUCAUUAUCAUGAUAAUAAUAUGGUAAUAAAAAAAAUGCUUUAUUGUUCUAUCAAUUUUUGCAUAUAAGGUUCCUAACUACAUCGUUCCAUGUACUGAUGACGCCACGUGUACCAAUGGCUGCUGUAGGAACAAUCUGUGUCUUAAUGGGGGAACCUGCAGUGAGAUCUGUGAGCCCACAAGUGUUCGGUACAACUGUUCCUGUCCUGUGCCGUUUGUUGGUAAACACUGCGAGAUUCAGCUGAGAAGAAGCUGUCAGGAUUAUAAAGCAGCCGGGUCCACCGCCUCUGGAUUGUACACCGUCACUGAUGACAGAAACCAAACUUUCCAAGUAUUCUGUGAUUUUGAUUCUGAGCCUGGGUUCGCAUGGAACCUGAUCGAGUCGUUCAAUUUGUCUAACAAACAUCUUUUUCAGGUAAUUUUAUUAAGAUUUUAAAGCUAUAAGAACUAUAUCCUGUACGUUCUCGUCUGAAGAAAAUAACGAGGAUAUGAAAAUUUUGUUCUCCUAAAUGGGAAAUGCCUUCAUCAUUUUGAAUUUUUUUUCGUAUGUUAAGUUCGUCUCUCUUCUUAGAAGCUUUCGUCACUAAUGAUGUCUUCGAAUAAUUCUGUUAGCGAAAUAAAUCUUGUUUUAUACAUAAUGACUAUCCAGACUCAUGCGCCAUCAGCGGUUACGCUUCAAUUUGACAAGAGUACGUUACAAAAUAGUUCAGCUUAAUUUUUGUUUCAAGCUGCAAAGAUCUUAAGUUCUCGGAUGUGAUAUUGAUCUAUACCAACUGAAGUUGAAAUUUUCUGUCUAUAGAAGAACAUCUCAUUUUACGAUGACUACCAGGCCAUCAGCGGUGAUACCCCAAAUUGGCAGGCCUACCUCAUCAAACGACCCUACCUCCUUUGGCUCAGAGAUCACUCGACUCACUGGAGAGCUACUUGCCGGUACAACACAGAUGGUAUCGUAUAUACAGAUUACCUGAGAGCCUCGCUUGAAGAUUUUGAUAUCAUCAGAGACGUACCCACGGUGUCAGGUGUCUGUCGACCCUACGAAUAUGUGAACAUCCGAGGAAAUAAGUGCGUGAAUUGUACCGCAAUGACAUGGUAUAAGAAAGGAAGUUAUCCUUUUCACAUGGACAGUUCCGGGCGCGGAUCUUGCGAAUUUGACGGAAGCGAGGUAGACCCAGCCAAAUAUAGCGAGGACAACUUUGGACAGUACGCUACUACAAAUCCCAAAUUCCGUUGUACCUCAAACCUGGAUGAUACGACUCAGUUUUGGAUCGGAGGCAAAUAG